AUGCCGGGAAACGGGCGGCCAAUGGAAAAUCCGAUAUCGACGACCGGUUUGCCCGCGAAAUAAUGCGUUUGACUUUCUACUCGACUCGGUGAUACGUAGGACGCGCGGAACGUGCAAGCUGUUAAUCUUUCAAUUUCCCGUGCGCGCCGCGGUUCGAUAAAUUUCCAGCCGAAGUAUCGCAACGCUGCAACGCGGCGUUUCAUUGUCGUUCGAAAAAAAAAAAAAAAAAAAAAAUAGGCUCCACGAGGGAAAUUAAUAGAAUGAUCGAGAGAGGAACCGAGAGGUUAUUUCGUGUCAUAGAAUUCGUGGACAAUUUACCGGCGGGAGAUUCGACAGAAAAUAGCGACAGGAUGAAGCGUGAAAUGUGCACGCUCUCCGAAAUAGGGUACGCUGGUUCGCCGCCAAGGGAGGCUCUCACCAGAGGCAGGAGCAUAGAUUCCGUGGACAGGCCUUUUCAUCCGAGCGACUGGGUCGACGUGAACCUCGAAGUGCCGAGUACACCGAGGGCAAGUUCCGCUCUCACGAAUUUAACCGUCGACACGAGCCUCUAUCCGGCCACCAUCCCCACGUCCAGCUGUCCAAAUCUGAAGGACGUGACACCGAUCCCGCCUCCCAGGCGUCGCAAACGAAACAAGGGCAGGCCCUUGCCACCGAAACCGGACGAGAUCUCGGCCGAAAAUUCGUCGAGCAGUUCGAAACGGCACGAGACCGGUGACGAGCCGCUAUACUCGUCGGUGAGGUCGCCGAGGAGCAGCGGCGACGAGCAAGACGCGGAAGAGGAGACCAAAACGGAUAGACAUCGGUUAACGGCACCGGAAGGAUAAUAUCGAGCGACAUGGUUUCCGGUAAGAGGCUCUUCGAGAGCAGCCAGCAUCAGCGCAAGGUCCACGAGAGCGAGGAGUAUGAGAGAUUUGCGAGGAGUCGGACGAGCAAGGAUUCGUCGACCCCUAAUCGCGAGGAGAAGGGGCGAUCGAGGGAGAUCGAGAAGCAAACGAAGGAUCCCUCGAGGGACCAUCCGAAAUCGGGCAGCAACGCGAGGCCCAAGAACUUCAGCACCGUCAGUCUGCCGAAUUACGACGAGUUGGACGUGGCCAGGCACCGGCCGGAAGAAAACGACGAGCACGAACAACGCCGGGACAAAACGAGGAAGUCCGGGAGACCCGUCAGGAGCAGCACCGGAUCACUUCCGGCUGAAUCCUUCCUCUCGCCGUUUUCGGAGAAAACGAGCGUACGGCUGGAGGACUACAUACCGAGGUCCGAUAACCUAUCGCCGUAUCAGGUCCUGGAGAAGUUGAACUGCGGCGCGAACAGUGUGGUCAGAGACGAAUUCGUGAGGUACGAUCCGGAUAAACCGGAGGAUUGGGAGUUGGGCGAUGCCGGUAGCUGCGAAGUGAAUCGUCAACGAUGCUUCCCUUUCGAGGAUACUUCUGACGUGGACGAGGGGAGUCGAAUUCGCGAGGACGGCGAGGACGUCGUCGAUUUCUCCAAAGCUAAAGGUCUGAAAGACGAAGGAAGAUGUUCAUCCCCUUUGGUGGAUCGAGAUGUUCCAGCAUCGACGAUCCACUUGGAGAAGCCCGAAGCGUUUGGAAAAACAGCGUCGCCGUUCGUUGGCCAGCCAGAGUACGCCGAAGUGGAUCCAAAUAGAUCUCACCUGAAGUACGAUCCACCGAAAUUGACUGAUAGUUGCAGAAUAUCGUGUGCCCGUGAGUCAUCAGGGUUUAAAGAGCCGUUUUUCCUUGACGAGGCGAAACAUCGUUCAGCUUUAGGUGCAAUCGGUGGGUCCACGGAGCCGAAGCUAGAAUCCGAUCGAUCCAGUGAAUCGAGGAUAACGUUCGCCAGGGGGUUGUCGAACGAGAACGAGCCAAGUGAAGACACCUACGAGUCGAAAGACUUGCACAGCCAAGCGUCCAACCUGAUCAGGACCAUCUCCGAGGAGUCCUUACCUCGCGAGAUGCUCGAGGAGGAGGAGCUGGACGAUUUCUUCGACGAGAAGCUGGCCAAAGACGUUCACAACAACUUGAAGAAGAACUUGGACGACUGGAAGACGAAGACACCGCCUCCCAGUCCCGAACCCAAGAUGAAGCCCGGCAACACGGACUCCGAUCAUUCGACUUUGUUGAAGGUUCUCAAGGAAGAGACUGCUGAGGAGAGUAACCUAAGCUCGAUGACACCGAGUCUGACGGAGUUGGAAGCCGCUCUGUCGGACAUGUUGGAGAAGGAAGACUCGCAGGAGGGAUCCAAAGACGAAACUAAAUCGAGCUUAACGAAUGAACAAUUGAUUGUAAAGAUGGUAGAACCCGGGGCACGGAGUAGUUCAGACAGUUGCAUUAGCAAUGAACGUCCAGGAGACGAUGAAGUCGUGCAUGAAAUCCCAACGUUUUUGAAACAGAUCCUCGAAGAGAAGAAACUUCCGUUGAGAAAGGUUUCGUUUUGCGCUUGGGAGGAGUCCGUGGAUGCUCGCAACGAUCAAGCAUCAAUCGAUCAGGCUGAUCAUUCGCUGAUGGACGAAACGACGAGUGUCCCUCGGUUGGACAAGGACCGAGGAGUGGACAACAAGGGCUUUUCCUUGGACGUUCCGCCGGAGAAACCGAGCAGAUUGAACAGGAGUUUCGAUGAUCUCGUAGAGGACGCGGAGGUUGUUCCAAUUCCCCCUCGAAGGAGAAACAGAAGCCUCGGCACGGCCAAGAAGGAGCCUGAAGUGGCGCAAAACGGCACGGUCUCCAAACACUUCUCCAAUGACAGACUUAUUUAA